AUGGUGACCCUGUUGGUGCUGAUAUUAGCGUCAACGUCGUCCACGCGGGCCCACCGUCCUGUGCCCAAUAAUAAUCCAGCGUUACUUCCCAGCUCGGCCUCGCCCGCAGCAACACUACUCGGCUAUGGGUCAAACGCCACCAACAUCACCAGCACACUUAGUGGGCACGUCAACACUGACGUAGACAGCAACCGUGAAACGUACGACGGGUACAAUGCAACGCUACACCAUCGACAUCACUACGUCACGCCGCACAUUGCUGACACUGACAAUACGACAGUCGUAGAAAAAACACCUCUCUUUCCCGCAGACUUGUUCACAUUCGAGCAACGACGACGUGGUGCGGUGAUACUACACGUACUGGGUGUUGUUUAUAUGUUUGUAGCUCUUGCGAUCGUCUGCGACGAAUUUUUUGUACCAUCACUGGACGUUAUUAUUGAGAAAUUUGAAAUCGCUGACGAUGUCGCGGGCGCGACAUUCAUGGCAGCCGGUGGAUCUGCACCAGAACUAUUCACCUCCGUGAUAGGUGUCUUCGUUUCCUUUGACGAUGUCGGUAUCGGCACCAUCGUCGGAUCCGCGGUAUUCAAUAUAUUAUUUGUUAUCGGCAUGUGUGCGAUAUUUUCAAAAACAGUACUCUCACUAACGUGGUGGCCGCUCUUCCGCGAUUGCACUUUUUACAGUGUCAGCUUGAUAACACUAAUAUAUUUCUUUCGUGACAACUUUAUACACUGGUACGAGGCAUUAGUACUGUUCAGCUUCUACCUGGCCUACGUUGGGUUCAUGAAAUUUAAUCGACCAAUGGAGAAGCUGGUCAAGAGGAUAUUGUACAGAAAUAAAGUAACCCGAGUCAGGUCGACUGACCAGCUGAUGCCAUCGCACCAGAGCGCUGCCCAGGCAUUGCAGCAUCCAAAUGCAACGAAUAGCAGUGAAACGAGUGUGGGUGGGACAUCAGGUGCCUGUGGCAGCAGUGGUGCUGCGAUAAAUGCCGAUGCUGGAUGCAGCAGCAGUCGUGGAGGCAGCAGCAGUGGCCAAGGCUGCGAGCAGUCAUCAUCUCAUCCAGGUGCUCGACACUCAUCACGCGAGAGUCACGCCAAGUUUAGGCACGGCCUAUUACAACUAAUGAUCCACACAAUUGAUCCGCUCCACGACGGUCAGUCUCGCGCCGGCAAAGUGGACGAGAAGGCAACGCAGUUGCACGCAAUAGCCUCAUUAAAAGUCCUCUUGGACGCAACUAAACCUCAGAAUGGAGCUGCGACGUCAACUUCUGCCCAGUACUCAGGUGUCUCCAAAGAGACGGCACUUCAGCUUCAGCAGGGCUCGCAAGGUACUACGACAACAACCACCACGACAACAACUGCUGGCACCACUGCCGGUAUCCAGGAACUUCCUAAUGGCGGAAUAGCUGCUGGUAUUGACGCUGGUCUUGAAUCGGGUGAAGAAGAUGAACCACCAGAAGCUCUAGACAUGACGUGGCCCACUAGCCCAAAAAAGAGACUAACUUAUAUUCUAGUUGCGCCUAUUUUAUUUCCUCUCUGGCUUACUCUGCCCGACACGCGAACUCCGAGAGGAAAAAAAUUCUUCGCGGUGACAUUCAUCGGAUCGAUUAUCUGGAUAGCAGCAUACUCGUACCUGAUGGUCUGGUGGGCAAACGUAACCGGGGACACAAUAUUAAUACCGCCUGAAGUAAUGGGUCUUACAUUCCUGGCAGCAGGGACCAGUAUUCCUGAUCUUAUAACCAGCGUGAUAGUUGCGCGUAAGGGAUUUGGUGACAUGGCAGUAUCUAGCUCCGUCGGCAGUAAUAUAUUCGACGUGACAGUUGGGCUUCCGGUCCCGUGGCUUCUGUACGGUUUGAUUUAUGGCAAACCGGUGGAGGUUAAUUCCGUCGGGAUGGUCUGCAGUAUCGCCAUACUCUUCUGCAUGUUGCUGUUUGUAAUAUUGAGCAUCGCUUGUUUCAAAUGGCGAAUGAAUCGCGGUCUCGGAUUCACAAUGUUCCUGCUCUACUUUGUUUUUGUAACCGUAUCGCUUAUGUUCGAGUACGAGAUUCUCGUGUGUCCUGUUUAG